CGAUCAGAAUCAAUAGUCCGGGCGGACAGCGGGAGAGAGUCGGCGGCGGCUUACCCGCGCCCUGCUUGUCUUUCCCUUCCACCUUCCAUCUCCAUCUCUUCCUGCUUCCCCCCCGUCCCCUGCACUCACUCUAUGAGAGACGACAAAAAAAAAGCUCUGCUUUCCUACCUGGUAACCCUUCCCCCUGCCCUCGGUUGCCACCGCGGCAGCACCCACCCAGGUUUCACCAACGGCACAUCUCGGUUAUCCAUCUAUCCACCCGGCACGCCAGGCAGGGGUGCGUACAGAUUAUGUGCCGUGUUGUCUGUGGGAAACAAGGAAGCAGGGGAAGGGGGUGGGAUACACAGCAGACAGAGAAAGAGAUACGUAGAUAUCGGCUCAGCAGCCAAGACGCGCAUCGGGAAGCUCGUCAUGCGUGAUGGGCGGAAACAUUACGCCAGGGGGGAGGAGCAAACUCUCCUCUGUGCCCCGAUCGCCUCCCAUCCCCCACGAGCCUUUCCCUCCCGGGCUAGACUCUCCGAUCGCUCGGGCAACAGUGCAUGGCGCCGCGGUGCCUGGCGUCGGUACCGGCGCGGUACGUCUGAUACAUGGCCUAGACGUACAUCCAUGGUGGGGGGGGGGAGAAGAAAAAAAUUCGACAUACCUAGGGAGCUGGGGAAAUGGCGCACGAGCGAGUCGUACUCGGCUGCCGAGACGCAGCCAACAUGCGGGUAAGGCCUGGGCUGGAUGGGGGUUGGCAGCCGUGGCGGUCUCCGUCCUUGAAACGGCG